AUGAGACUCUUCAUGAUCACUUUUGUGCUCGUUCUUUUGGUCGCCUCGAGCAGUGCAUUUGUUCGGUCAUUCACUAGAACACGAAUCGGACCAGCGGGAGGCAUCCGCCAAUUCACAACAACCGUCCGCCGACCGGGCUUUGGCGGUGGUGGCUUCGGGGGUGGCUUUGGGCCAAGGGCAGUCGGACGAAUGCUCGGAGGACUGAUCACCGGUGUUGGUAAACGU